AUGUACCAAGGGCCUUUGUGUGUUGACGUGUCUCGAAAUUACGCGGAUGAGAUCUGGGACGCAAGUCAGAAGCGCGCUGUUGCUGCGAUCGGCGACGCCAUUGUAGCAACGCUGCCGGCCAACGAGGCGGCUGACAUGCUGGGGCAGCUGCCGCCGGACAUGUCUGAGGCGCAGCGUGCGCUCCUGCGCGAGUAUGCGCAGAUGAAGUUUACGGAUGUGCCUGACGCCGUGAACAUGAUGGCCAUGCACCUGGUCGAGACGGUGUCGUUCAAGCUGCGCUACCUUAUGGGUGUGCUGCUCAAGUUCUUGUCCACACGUGCUGGAUGCCUGGCCUUGACCGGCUCCAUCGGACCGGUGUGGGAGCUAGAUGCGCGUACCAUUGCGCAGGCGCUGAUCCGCUGGCGGGACGCGCCGAUCGAGCUUCUCCGGCUUGGCCAAUUUGGUCUGUGCGGUGUGACCAUGAUCGUCUUUUACCGCCACAUGGAGCGGGCGAAUGCGGCGCUCGGCUACCCCACUGGGCCCUCGGACGGCUGGAAGCACCCGCCGGGGGCCGGGCCGCAAGAGCCCAAGCCCCACUAUGCCUUUUCCUUCCUGAACGACACACUACCGCGCGAGCGCAGCGACACGCCCGUCGUAUGGGAGGCGGAUGUGGUGAUUGUGGGCUCAGGCUGCGGUGGCGCCGUGGUUGCGGCGUACCUCGCCGAGCGCGGUCUCCGUGUGAUCGUGGUGGACAAGGGCCUGUACGUGCGGCCUGAGGACAUGCCCAUGACCCAGGACUUUGCGAUGGAGCAAAUGUUCGAGCGCCUGGGCUUUGUGCCGACAUCGAACCUCAGCUUGGCCGUGCUGGCCGGCAGCGGCUGGGGCGGCGGCUCGACGAUCAACUGGAGCGCGACACUCGAGCCGCGCCACUAUGUGCGCCAUGCUUGGGCGACGCAGUACGGUGUGCCGUACUUCCGCUCGAGCGAGUUUGCGCAGGACUUGCGGUCGUGUGCGCAGCGGAUGGGUACGACAACGCAGAUACAGCACAACAAGGCCAAUUCGCUGCUGCUCCUGGGCGGGCAGCGCAGUGGCCAGCCAGUGGCGACCGUGCCGCAGAACAAUGGCGACACGCUACACUACUGCGGUCAGUGCCACUUUGGGUGCCCGUCCGGCCACAAGCAGAGCACGGUCAUGACAUGGCUGCGCGACGCUGCCGAGCAUGGCGCCCAGUUUGUCGUGCACUGCGACAUUGAGCGCGUGCUCGUCGAGGGCGGCCAGGCGACCGGUGUGGUGGGCGCUGUGCGGGGCCAGCGCGUCGUUAUCAAAGGCACCAAGGCGGUCGCAGUGUCGGCCGGCAGCAUCAACACACCGGCGAUCCUGCUGCGCACGCCUGAGCUCAGGGUCAAUCGCCAGAUAGGCGAGCACCUGCACCUGCACCCUGUGGCCUUCGUGCAUGGCUUUUACGAGCAGCCCAUUGACCCGUGGAAGGGCCCUAUCUUGUCGAGUGUGUCGAAUGCAGCCGAGCUCGUGGACCCGAGCGGCUGGGGCGCCAGGAUUGAGAUUAUGGUCUCGGCCCCGUCGCUCUUCUGCGCGCUGCUCCCGUUUGACGGGGCGCUGCAGCACAAAAAAGUGGCCGCACGGUACCGCUACGGCUUCACAAUGAUUGUCAUUGUGCGCGACAGAGAUGCUGGCCGCGUCAGACUGGACAAGUACGGCCGCGCCCUGCUUGAUUACUCUCUCAGCAAGUUCGACGAGAAGAUGCGUGCGAUCCACUCGGCCGGGUGCGAGGCGUCGAUCGGCUGUGGGUCGCCGACGGCUCGUCGCUCCCGGAAGCGUCGGGAGCGAAUCCGAUGCUGA